AGAAACCACCUUUUGUGCUGGCGGCAGCAGGAGCUGGUGAUCGGGAGAAGUCCGGCUCAGCGCUCCGGCUUUGGGACGGGAUUACACGCUCCUUACACACGCUCAUGGAGCCUCCGACGACUUGGAGCUCUGAGAGAGUCAGCGCCUGGCUCCGAGGUCUGGACGCGUCUCUGCAGCAGUACUCAUUAGAACAAUGGCAACUCAGUGGGAUGGAUCUGCUCCAGUUAUCUUCACAGCAACUCGAAAAGCUCGGCGUACACAAGAUCGGACACCAGGAACUCAUUCUGGACGCGGUGGAGAAACUAUGCACUCUGACAUAUGGUCUGGGCGGAGAGAGUGUAUGCACUGUCGCGGAGAAGCUGCAUGCUGUGGCUCACUCGCUGCAGAUGGGUAUUCAGGGUCGAUGGCGAGCCAACACGUAUGACGGCCACAGGACCACCAAAGUGCCCAAUCAGGAACUGCAGCUGGUGCUGGACCUCAUCGUCACAGCCAAGGCCCUGUAUUCUCUGCUCAACAGGUGCCAUUACACAGAGCUGACAGGAUAUUCAGGCUUUAGGAACAUCCUUGACCUGUGUAAAGAUCUGGACUCCACCGUGCAGAAGGACACCACGCUGUUGGAGAAAGAGAAGGACCUCAUAUCAGUGAGUCGUCAGUUGGUGGCGAUAUGUGAUGACAUUCUGAGUUCUGCUCCUGAGGAUGCCCUGACUCACUCUUUUCAGCUGCAGAGUGUUGAUCUGGUGCCGGUCCAGCCCGGAGAACAACUGGGGAUUGAGAUCACCUCCACAUCCUCAAGCCAACACUACGUCUCUGGAACAGCUGCUGAGUUUCCAGCAGAUUCCUCUGUGAAGAUCUUUGCAGGUGAUGAGGUCAUAAAGGUGAACGAUCAGAUUGUGGUGGGCUGGAGCAGGAAGAACCUGGUGGCGAAGCUGCAGGAGAACCCAAAUGGUGUGUCACUGCUGCUGAGACGCCUCCCUACACUGUCUGUCAAAGACAGAGACAGAGACAGAGACAAGCCAAUCGUGAAGGUAGAAGACGACCCAGAAGAGGACGGGACAAAGAGACUCUCCUUGAUCGGUCGAGCGCCGGCGUCCGUGCGCUCGUACUCCUUCAGGACUGCUGUGUUGUCGCCUGAAGGGCAGCAGCUGACAGGACAGAAAGAGCCGGAAAUUAAAGAUCAAGGCCUUGAUGGGAAUCAGAGCAACAGUGCACAGAAACACCACCUGAUUACAGGUUCCGGAUUAGAGCGCAGGAGUACAUCUUUACUCAGUCUGGACUCGAGGACAAGAGUCGGAUCCUGGCCUGACAUGGGGGCCAGUGUGGAGGAAAAAGAGUCAACCAAGAGCUCCUUCAAAGGCACGCAGACGCGGACGGCGAUGAGUCGCAGGAGGGUGUCGUGUCGCGAGCUGGGCAUGCCCGACUGCGACGGGUGGUUGUGGAAGAAGAGGAAAGAGAUGAGUGUGUUCAUGACGCAGAAAUGGCAACGCUUCUGGUUUGUCCUUAAAGGGGUGACAAUCUACUGGUACACCAGCCAGCAGGAAGAGAAGGCGGUCGGGUUGGCGAAGAUCGGCAGCUACAGCAUCGAGAGUGCUGGAGAACACAAGAGAAAAUACGUGUUUCAAAUGUCUCACCCACGCUUCCAGAACUUCUUCUUCGCCGCGGAGAACGUGACCGAGAUGAGCAAGUGGAUCAACUGUCUGAUUAUCGCCAUCCAGAAAUAUAAGAAGUUUCAGCAGAAUCCAGCAGAUACUGAGACCGAGUGCUACAGUGAGACAGAGUCCGAGGAGGACGGCUCACAUUCGCCACGCCUCCUAAAGAAAAAAACCUCACCGAAGCUGCAGUCGAACACACUCCCUCGAGCUCUGGGCAAGAAAAUCAAACCACCAGGAGGCGGUACUGUAAACACAAUACCAGGAGGGGGCAGAAAAGCUACAGGAACGGUGGACGAGAUGGGCGAGCUGUUUAACAAGCUAAAGGAAGGAGGAGUGUCUCUGAUUGGCCAAAAUCAGCCCAUGACUCACGACCAACUGCGCAGGUCGUUCAUCCGACGGAACAAAAAUCCCGUCAUCAACGAGAAGGUCCACACGCUCCGCGCCCUUCAGAGCACGCUCAAGGCGAAGGAGGCGGAGCUACAGAUCAUCAAUAAGCUUCUGGAAGAUUCCGGUCUGACGCCGCAGACAUUCCGCCAGUGGAAGCAACUCAACGAGGACCUCUACCAGGAAAUUGAGAAAAUCGCCGUCGAGAAAAACCGUGACCAGUUGAACCCCGAAGUGAGAAGUUCCACCGCUGAUGACGACGGGGCGUGUCGACUCAGCCUGAGCGACGGAGAGCAGCUGGUGGACGCCGAGUUCCUUAGCGACGGAGACUCCGGCCUCGGGCCUGAACGCUUGGCUCUGGUGGGCGACACAGGGCGUAGCGAAAGAGCAGACAGCGGCUCCUCUGAAAGCUACUUCUUCAUCUGAGAUUCGUUAAUUUGAAUAGCCUCUUUUUCCGAAAGGGGCGGGACUUGUGCUGCUCUGUCGAGCGGAUUCUUAUAAGAAACGAUCGGUUUCUGCGACUUUCGGCGGAAUUUGUAUAUAUAUAUUUUUUUUUUAAGCUAACUCCCUAUUUCUAUUCUAUUCCAUUGCUAUUUCUAGGAGAAAUAGCUGGCUAAGGUUUCGCUCACAAUAUUUUCAGCGAAACUCCAGAAAAAUUAUGGAAUUAUCAAUCUUUCGAUCCAUAGGACAGUAGUGUUCCUGUGCAUCUUUAUCCCAAGAUGGAGCUCACAUCAGCAGCCCAAGUCCAGCGUGAUCAGUAUUUAUUUCCUCGCAGUACAGUUAACAUCCCAACUCCGACGCAGAAACAAAUUCUGACGGAAAGAACGCAUUGAAGACUCAAAGUGAAGCACCUGAACCUGGACUCAGGAAGGAGAAGAACAACAUCCCAGAUACGAGUUUCUAACUCAAACUCAUACGAGUCGAAAUUCAUGAUCGUUCCGAAAAAGUUUCAUUGUAAAUAAUCUUGUAAGAAAUUGUAUUUGUAUAUAUAUAAAAAAAAAAUAAUACAAAUAGAACAAAGUGCCCGCGCGGAUAUUUUACAGGGCCUUUAUUUUUGUAGGCAGUACAUUUUCGAGCGGCAAAUUUACAAUAUUUUAUAUGUUUUUUUUUCACGUUUGUCGAUUAUAUGUGCAAUGAGGCGGAGGAAAGGAAUUCGCGGAAACGCAUUACGUCACGGAACAAAACGAUGUAUCCAAUAGGAGUAUCGAGUGAUAUUUUGUAAGUUGUAUAUGUUAAAAGAAAUUUGAAUAAGUCUUGUUUUAUUGUAAAUAAAAUGCCCACCGUUUACCAAAGA